CACAGAAAAUAACCUCAAAUCUUAAGCUGUCACAUUUCACUCGUGUCGUUUUGUUAGGUAUACCUACCUACUAAAACUUUGGAAGAAACUUCUCAAGAAAAGUGAUUUAUUCUAAUUUAAAGUUCAAUUAAAAUCUCGUAAAAAUGGCGGAACAAGUUAACCAGCGUAUUGAGGGUAUGAUAAAUGAGCUAGAACAAAUGAAACGUACAAAUCUAUACACCGACGACGAAAUAAGAGAAUUAUCACGUAAAAGAAAAGAAUUUGAAUACAGAAUACAACGUAGGAUGAAAGAGAAAGACGAUUUUGUACAAUACAUAGCCUUUGAAUUGGCCCUACUUGAGGAUAUUUCAUUAAGAAGGAGACAAGCCAAACUUUCAGAAAAGAAAAAAGACAUUGAGUACGCCAUAGCUAAGAGGCUGAAUAAAGUAUUCAAGCAAUUUAUAUUUAGAUAUCAGAAUGAUGUUGCAAUAUACUUUGAAUAUAUAAAGUUUUGUCAAAGCGUUGGUUUUGUUUAUGCUGUGUCUGCUAUAAUAAAUCAGAUGUUGCAGAUGCAUGGUGACAAGCCAAAGAUGUGGCAAAUGGUGAGCAUGUGGGAGAGUAAAGAGCAGAAAAAUCUAGAAAAUGCAAGGAAUUUCCUUCUGAAAGGCAUUCACAGACACCCAGAGUCUGAAAUACUUUAUUUGGACCUUUUUGAAAUUGAGCUUAUGCUUGCAUUCCAAGCGGAGAACGAAGAAGAAAAGGAUAAAUAUCUAAAAAGGGCCGAAGUUGUAUGGAGAAGUGGUAUAAAAAAUGUACCAGACAUGAAUUACUUGUUCAAAUUAUGUGAUUUAUCAAUGAAAUUUGGCAUUGAUGAUGCAACUACGAAUUCUAUAAAAGAAGAGAUUUGGAAUAGAAGCUCUGACAAGAAUGUGUGGUCCUAUAUUGCUAAUAAGGAAUUAGAGGGUUACCACUGGACUGAAAUUGAAGAAUAUGUCAGUGAAGAGUUCAAUUACCCUCCAGAAGUAAACAAUUAUAUUGCAGUGUACGAGGAAGCUUUACAACGGUUUCCAGAUGAAAAUCUCUGCACCAAAUACAUCCAUGGCCUACUUGGUAUAAAGGAUAGUGUUUGUACGGAGUUACAGAAAAUUAGCACCGUUAAACAUGCUUGGAAUUACGGCCACGAGAACGGGCUACUUACUAAUGAAAUGUAUGCUUUUGGCAUUAGCAUGUUGAAAUUACAAGAUGAAAUGACUAAAGAUGAACUCACUGAGAUAAUUGAUUCAGCAUUAGCUAAAAAUCCAUCUUAUAGAAUGCUUUGGGAAGAAAAGCUUUUGCUUAACAAGUCAGAUGAAAAGAAAAUGUUGUGCAUACUUCAAGAUGCUGGUAAAAGUCUCAAGUCUGAAGAUAUGCUUGCACUAUGGAAUUUCAUGUUUGACAAGAUUGAAUCUAAUGUUGUUUUCAAGUCAUGCUAUGAGAAAUUCAAGACCUGUGAGAAUGCAAUAGUACUGUCUCUAAAACCAAAGCUUUUGCAAAAAAUGUAUGAGCACAAUGGUAUAAAAGCUGCAAGACAGAUCUAUGAAGAACUAAUUAGGACUCCACCAACACAAAUUGAUGUUCAUAAAAUUAUGAUUGAUUUAGAAUUGUCCCAAGAGAAGCCAGCUUUGAAGAAUGUUAGAAAGUGUUAUGAAGCUUUGAUACAACAUCAUGGAACCAAUAAUAUAGAAGUGUGGAUGGAUUACAUUGACUUUGAACAGAAUAAAGGUAGUGUUGCUCUCGUACCCGCUAUUCAUAGAAGAGCUAUAGGGAUGUUAGAGAAAAAUGUAGUAGACACAUUUAUUAAAGCCCAAGCUUUAGCAAAAUUGAAAUAAAUAAUCCAGAUUAA